AUGGACGUCUCAAAAUUCCAUCAACUUUUACCUCUUCUUCCUUAUUCCGGUAAUUGCUUAUCCCCAGAAGAGUCAAUUUUAAUAGAAACUUCCCUCAACAUCCUCAAAAAUGACAAAAAUUUCACCAAAAUUUAUUUUUGGGGAAAAAUCCUCACCAUCAGUGGUCAUGAUUACUACAUUGCUUUCGGGUUUUAUGAAGACUGCCUUCGAAAUCGACAAUUUUUUUACUCCCAAAACAUGUUAAACUGGCAAAAUUUACCAAAAAUCAAUGAAUCUACUUACGAAAUAUCUCUCAUGUACCAAAAAAUGUUCCAAGGAGACCCUGAAUCGGUCGUUGAAGUUGAAAUGCCUCCCGAAUUCUUGCUGGAAAACGAUCGAAUCGAACAAAAAUUGGGCGAAAAAUCAAAAUUGAAGGAGGAAGAUCGCUUGGCUUGUGUGGUUCAAAUAAUUUCUCAUCAAACGAUGAUUGUUCCUCGGGGAGCGAUUUGCAAUGACAUGAAAGAAAUCGUGAAAUUCAACGAGAAUUUUCAGGGAUUGACGAAAAAGGAAGCUGGUUCCUUGGAAAAUUAUCAAUUUUAUCGCGAGCCGGUCAAUGAAUACAAUUUUAAUUUGUUGAAACGUGAGAAUUUCAAUUAUUCAACGGAUUUUCUUGACACUUUGGAUGAUUUGGUGCCUCGAAAUAGGAGUUUUGCGGUGACUUUUGAAAGAGACGAUGAGAAAAUUGUCGUUUUGAGGUCUCUGCACUGGAUGGGAGCGACAUUUUUGCAUGAAAUUGAGAGUUCUUUGUUCGUUUUUGCCUAUUUUGGUGACGGAAAAAUGAAUCACGAUCUGCUUUUUAUGCUCUAAAAGGUCCAAAUUAAAUAUUUAUUCGUUAAAAAUAAAAAAAUUUCAACAAU